GAGAGUUGUGAGUUUGGGUUUCUAAACAAGGCAAUCUAACCGGAUAUAGACCAAAUGUCUUGUAUUUUGUCUGUGAUGGGUUGGACUUAAACUCAAUUUAUUAAAAUGUGGUUUAUUUAUAUAUAGAUAUGCCUUUUCGUUAUGUUUGGUUGAUCAUUCUAUAAAUGGUGGGUACACUCUCGCCGGAUACGCCGGACACUCAAUUUAUAUCCUUGUGUUACAAGCUUCAGAUUGUCGAAGUCGUUCGUUCUCCGCUUUUCUCGACCUCACGUCCCGGUGGUUCUCGCGGUAGGGCUAUGCGUUCCCGGUUGAGAAUGAUUUGCAGUUGGAGAAAGACAAUUCAAAUGAAGCUCCGGCUGAACCACCUCGAGAGAUGAGAAUUCAUAUGGAUAAAAUAGCACGUGUGGUUGCCCGGAAAGGGUUGAGGAUAGAGAGAAAGAUCAUGAACGUUAGUUAGAUUCCCUCUAAAUUCGACUUUCUGAAGAAGUCAGAUCCUUAUCACGCAUAUUACAAGCACAAGGUUAGUGAAUACCUUGCUAAGAAUCAAGAUGAAGGAGCUCAGGAACCUGAAGCUCCAGCUACCCUUAAAGAUUGUGGGUCGGUACGGGGAGGAAUUUUGGUUGGAUUUGAUCAAGGAAGUGGAUAACAAACCUCAGUUUGAGUUUUUGAAGCCAGCUGACAGCAAGUUCGAUUAUUUCAAUCGGCUUUCUGUUGUGGCUUCGGAAGGACUAAAGCGAUCCGAAAAGCUGACUAGUUCUCGUAUGGCGAUUGUUAGUAAGGCUUUUUUCUACCAUCUUCGUCGUCAAAAUGAAAAGCGGGAGUUGACCCACAAGGAGGGAGCGGCAAAGGCUUGUACUCUGUUUGGUGCUUUGUAUGCUUUUGUGGGUCCUGAUGGCUGCUUUGCUGACAUCAAGGACGAAGAUUUGCCACUACUUCAACACCCUUCAGCGAUCAAGAACAUACUAACAAAGCUGCAGCCUCGUAUGCCUCCGCUUGGGGGGGAAUCUGAGGAACCAGAGUUUGACGAGUCUGUCCUUGUUCCAGAAGACCAGUUUCUUGCUCAACAUCCGGUUAUUUUUUCCCCUCUGACUUGACUCUGUACUCUGUAUCUAAUUAGGAGUAACAUACAUUUGCAGGGUUCCUCAACGAUCAUGGUUUCUGUUCCAGACCCCGAUGAUUGGAAAGUCGUUAAGAUCACAGUGCAGUCGCUAUCGGAAAACGUGGCAAGUUUGAAGGAGAAAAUAUCUGGCGAGAUCCAAUUUCCUACAAACAAACAGAAGUUACGUGGAAAAGCCGGAUUCUUAAAGGACAACACGUCGCUUGCACAUUACAACGUGGGAGCAGGUGAAAUCUUAACACUGUCUUGGUGGUGAGAACGCAGGGAAAAGCUUUUCAAUCAGAGUUACAUUGAACAAGGACGUGUUAUUAGAUAUUCUAAAUACUCUUACUCUCGCUUAAGAUUUACGUGUUUGAGGGAUACUCUAGAGUUUUUGGUACCAAACCUUAUUUGUUUCCUUGAGAUGGUAAAACAAAGUUUUACUUCAAAGAUAGUUUUGAAAUUCAUGAAAUUUGCUGCGAUUUAACCAAUUUCUGUCUCGUCCCAUGUGUGGUGAGUCGAGAUGAGAUAUUUUUAUGUCUAAGGCUAAAACAAAUAAAAUAACCUUGUGCCAAU